CUGGCGUACGUGACAAACGCCGAAAAUUCGAAUCUCGCACGCCUCUGGUAGACGGCGCUGCGGUCGCGCGACCGAAUCUGGAGUCAAAGCUGGAACGCCACCUCGCCGUGUACGUACGGACGACGCGCCGCUCAUAUCAUCGACGGACGACGACGGUGCGCGCGUGUGAUUGCUGACGACCCGUGAUAUUCACGCGACGAGGACUCCGCGGACGAUGGUAUUGAUACAGGAGAGGUGAUCCCCGGGUGCGUCUGUCGUCUAUAAUAAGUUCAACAAUGGCUAGUAAUUCGAGAGGAGCACCCCGUAUACAGGUCUUUAGACCGACAUACGAGGAGUUUAAAGAUUUCACGAAGUAUGUGGAAUAUAUGGAAAGUCAGGGAGCUCAUAAGGCUGGUUUGGCAAAAGUUAUACCACCACCCGAAUGGAUCCCCAGGAAACAAGGCUAUAAUCUAGAUGACUUACAGCUCACCAUUCCAGCGCCGAUCUGCCAAGUCGUUACUGGAAAACAAGGACUUUAUCAACAAAUUAAUAUACAAAAAAGGUCAAUGACUGUAAAGGAAUAUAGUGAAUUGGCGAAUUCUGAUCGUUACGCUACUCCGCGUCAUUUUGACUAUGAAGAUUUGGAGAGGAAGUACUGGAAAAAUAUAACAUACGUGGCGCCGAUAUACGGCGCAGAUGUGUCGGGUUCCUUGACGGAUCCGGAAGUGAAGGAGUGGAAUAUCAAUCAUUUAGGAACAAUUCUGGAUUACGUUAACAAGGAUUACGGUAUAUCCAUCGAUGGCGUCAAUACAGCUUACCUGUAUUUUGGAAUGUGGAAAACUACGUUUGCUUGGCAUACAGAGGACAUGGAUCUUUAUUCCAUAAAUUAUUUACAUUUUGGCGCGCCGAAAACAUGGUAUGCUGUACCGCCGGAACACGGACGUAGAUUAGAAAGACUAGCCAGCGGUUUUUUCCCAACUAGCUAUCAGAAUUGCCAAGCCUUCUUGCGCCACAAAAUGUCUCUCAUAUCUCCCCAAGUACUGAGGCAAUAUUCUAUUCCAUGUGACAAAAUAACGCAAGAAGCUGGGGAAAUAAUGAUUACAUUUCCAUAUGGUUAUCAUGCUGGUUUUAAUCACGGAUUCAAUUGCGCCGAAUCUACCAAUUUUGCAGCGCCCAGAUGGGUAGAAUAUGGAAAGAGGGCUACGCAAUGUACCUGCAGUAAAGAUAUGGUCAAAAUAUCUAUGGAUACCUUCGUGAAACGUUUUCAACCUGAUAGGUAUGAAUUGUGGCUACGUGGUGAGGAUAUUGGUCCUCAUCCUGAAGAUCCUAGACAGACUGCUGCACCAAUGCCAUCACAAAUGGAUCUAUUAUGUACCAAUAGUAGCAAUGGUGAACUACCGCAAAGCUACUUAAGUGCAACACCAAAAAAUAAACGGCAUGUGAUUCAUAAGAAAAAGAAUACUAUAACUGCAAAUCCUGGUAUGUAUAUUGAAGAUCUUGCAAAUCGCUCAGAUAUUCCCCCGGAUGUUAAAAAAGCUUUACAAGAUCACGAAUUUGAUGAAAUAGAGGAAGGACCAGAUGAACAACAAUUAGAAGUUCUGGAAGAUAUUUGGCUAAAAGCAGGAGAAAUGGACAUUGAAGAAGCAACUGUGUAUGACGAUGGUUACAAUCGCAAAAAGGGCAAGAAAAGAAAGAAAAAGCAAAGCGGGGAUAAAAAGAAAAAGCCAAGAGCUGAAUCAAAAUCUAAAAAGGAAGCCAGUAAAAUUAAUGCACAAGUUGCGAAUGUAGUUAAAAUUGAAAUGGAUACUGAAGCUAAUGCUUUUGAAUACGUAUCCCAGGAAAAUAGUGAAGAAAUACCUGUACCUCAAGGACUUUAUAAUGACGCAAUUUUUAUAAAAGAUGAAUGUGAAGAUCCUUUAAAAUUGGAGAACAUUCCUCCGGAUGGUUCUAAUUCUCCCGAAAUUAUUGAUAAAUUUACCAAAAAGAAAAAGAAGUAUUCGAAACCUAGAGAGCCGAGGAAACCUAAAGAGCCGAAACCAAAACGUGAACGUGCGUCUAAAGGUAAACGCAAAUGCGAUAAUGUAUCGCUCUCGACUACAUCAACUCCAAACGUUUCAGAUGCCACUGUGCAAUGUAGAUCCCUAGAGCUACCUAAUAUUGACAUUUAUCCUGAAAAUUUUAUAAGUAAUGCGCCUAAUAACCAAAAGAAAUUUAAUUUUAAUUUAAUGAAUCCAAGUGUUCUGGUUAGUAACGAGCUUAAUAAGAAAAACAUGGGUACAAUAAAUACUGAUCAGAUAAAAAAUUUUGCUUUUAAUGACGACAAAAAAGACAUGGCAAAGUUGCUGAUUAGAGUCACGGAAAACAGAACAGCUGCUUAUUUAUCGACAAAUAACACAAAUGAUUCUCCAAAAAUAACAUUGAAAAAGACAGCCGAGGAUGACUCUUAUGUCGUAAAACAUAAUACAAAUUCUGGAUGCCAGAAUGAAAAUACAAGAACCGCGGCCACGCAAGUAGAACAGCUUAUGAUUGCAAACUGCAAAAAUAUGGGUGCAAUGCCGAUAGAAAACAAACCGGAGAGUACUGUUCGUAACUUUACCUUAAAAGCAGCUCGCUUUAAACCAUCUGAUUUUGCAGUAAAAUCUAAAUCGCAAGCUGAAAGUUGUGCUGAAAAUCAGCAGAUGCACUCGUUUGCAGCUAUACCAAACUCACUUGUAGUUGAUAAAAAUGUGUCAGUUACACAUUUCGAAACAACCGCACCUUGCCAGCCUAAUAAUCCUCCAGUUUUGCAAAAUGAAAUGGAAACGCAACGUAUCGGAAACGAUAUCAUAAUUAGUACUCCACCAUUGUUAGACCAUCACUUUCCACUUCCAACUGAUACUGCUAUUACUCCGGUACCUUAUGGCGAUUGUAAAUCCAUAUUUCCCAAUACUCCGUCCCAGUCGCAAUUUAACCAGCGUACCAAUUAUUCGAAUUACAAAUUUGGGAGCGCUCUGGGAAAAGUACCUUGUACGAGCAAUGGUCCGAAGGAAUUACCAACGAUAUCCUAUCAACACAAUGUUUAUUUAAAUGCUGCUAAACUUCCGCGCGUAGGAAAAUCGGGCUUUAAUUUAGCUUAUUAUUCGCCUUUGCCAAAUGCAUCGCCCGUACCAAAUAUAAAUAUGCCAAUGUAUUCAUCUGUCUUCGUGUAUCCUGUUAACAAUUGUGUACAAAAUACUGAUACGCUGGCAGUCACGAAUGAAUUAUCUGCACCUGCAAGCGGUUCGAAACAAACUACGCCAAAAGUCACCAAGAGCGCAACGCGCCAAAGGUCGCAGAAAGGAGCAUCACGUAGGAAAACACCGGCAAAAAAUAGUAAAUCGAAUAAUAAUACAUCUUCAAAUAUCUCCCAGCAAGCAGACACUACGAGUACUGUUGAAACUUCAAUUAAUAAUUCUACUGAUACGUGCAUAAAUAUGACCGAUCCAAACGUUAUAACGCAAAUUACAAAUAUGCCAAACAUGUUACCUGAAAAUGAGCGUUCAAAUAUACCUGACAAUAAAGCACAGUUACAACAAGACUUACAAAUGAAUACUAUUUGUUCACAUUUAUCGAUGCCUAAAUCGAAUACGCAACGCAAAGCAAGCAUUUUAAGAAAGCCCAGGGAGAGAAAAGCUACAACAAGGAGAAAACCAGUAACCUCCCCACCUCAUGUGACUAUUAUGCCCAUUCCUCCUGCCAUUUCUACGGCCACAGUUCCUGCGACCGUUGGAAGCGUUGCUCCUGCAAUCGAUGAAAGUGUUGCUCCUACGACCAUUGCAAGUGCUGCUCCUGUAACCGCUGGAAGUAUUGCUUCUGAAACCGUUGAAAAUGUUGCUCCUAUGGCCCUUUCUUCUGCGUCUGCCACUAGGAAUGUUGCUCCUGCGUCUACUACUACUACUACUCCAACAACGGUUGGUGUUGAAACUACGAAAGAUCAAUCCACGCAGUCUGUCGAUAUGCCAGAAGCCAAUUCUCAGUCCACACCGGUAAUACCAGGGCAUAUUUCUGAUAUGAUCUAUCCGAGUGUACCAAACAGCGAACUGCUAAAAGCGUUCAAUGAUUAUUGGAGCGCUCAAGUGUCUCAUUGUGCAGUAUGCGCUACUUUUGCCUCCUGUACAAGCGGAAGUAGUCGGAUGAUGCCAUCUGAUUGGAAGUAUUGCAAAUCAAUUGUGCUACCUGAGAGUACACCGAUAUGGGUGUCGGCCAGUAUUUUUGCAGCGAACUCUAAGGAACAGGCUGUGGAACCGGAGAAUAAAAAACUUUUACGGUGCAGAGAAUGUCACGUAACUGUUCACGCAUCUUGUUACGGUAUAACUAUAUUACCUACGGAUAUCCGAAACUGGGCCUGCGACAGGUGUAAAGCUGGUAGAAACGAUGUGAUGUGUUGUCUGUGCCCAAUGUUUGGUGGUCCUAUGAAGCGUACCAGUGACAGCAGAUGGGCGCAUAUCUUAUGUACGCUUAUGGUACCAGGAGCCACAUUUAAAGAUGCCAUAAAUAAAGAUCCCAUCAAUGUAUUGACGACGGCGGAUUCGUGCCUGAACAAGCAGUGUCAUUUCUGCAGCCAGAACGGUGGAGCGUGCCUGAAGUGUAAUCAAUGCAGUAACGUGUUUCAUCCGUCUUGCGGUCUCGCGGCAGGCGCUACAUUUAUCAUACCGGUGUACAAUUCACAGGAACUUCAGGUAACGUGUAACAAACAUGACGAAGGCAAAGAAAAGAUACGCCCGCAGAUACGCCAGGGGGAAACAGUAUGGGCAAAGCAUCGUAACAACCGAUAUUAUCAAGCCAAAGUAGAAGCUAUCCAGGAUACCCUCUUUUACGAGAUUACAUUUAUCGAGGAUGACAGCUUCAGUGAGGAUACGUAUCCUAUAGAUAUAAUUAACUAUGAUCCUCGAAGUAUACCUGCACUUGGAGCCGCAGUGAAGGUGAAGUGGACUGAUGGUCUGACAUACGACGGCAUCUUCGCAGGUACAAAUCAUCGAAUAAUGUUCACUGUGAUUUUUGAAGAUGGCUCUCACCUCGAUUUAAAGCGUAAUGAAAUCUACACCUUGCAAGAAGAUAUGCCAAAAAAAGUGCUUUCUCGUCUGUCUGUUGCAACUGAAAUGAAGCACCGAUCUCAUCUUUAUGGCACAGAAGAUGAAACAGAGGCGCAUAGAAAAGUGAAACAAUCGAAAAAUUAUGAUUGAAUUGAGAUGUAACGAUUUGAUGUAAAUAAUUAAUUAUUACGAGAAGGGAGCAUAGAAAUCUAGUUGUAAAUAGUAGAUAUGAAAAUUAUAUUUUAUAAUCGCGAUUGUCUCCAACUUAACUAUUCAAUUUCGGACUGAUGGAUCGAACGUUAUAGAAACUACCUUCCCUUGAUUCAAAUGAUUUUUGUUUUAGUUAACUGAUGUUUUCAACGACGAAGAUUAUAACUAUAUAUAAAUUUCUUUUAUAUUAAAUUAUUAGUUUACAAUAGUGUGCCUAUUUAGUCGUCCGAUGUAUUCUGUACCGUACAUAAUUUGACUAUUUUAUUAGCGUUUGUUAUAUAAGAAUAUGUGUUCACACAUGCACGCACAUACAUAACAUAUUCCUAUCUAUAAUAAACGCUAAAUAUGUGUGUGACGUGCGCGCGCGCGCCUGUGUAUGUGUGUGUGUGUAUGUGAAAUCAAAUAUGUAUAUGUACCUAAUAUUUUAACGGCAACAAUGGAAAGUAUUGUGAAUAUUACUACUACGAACAAAAUGUUAUGAUCUUUUAUCCGAGAGUGAUUAAAUUACGUAUGUAAAAGACAAGAAAAAAUAAUUAUUCUAAAAAAGAUCUUAAAAAUUUCUUUCAAAUAUCAAAAAAAUUGAUGUAAAACUUAACAUAAUUAACCUUAAACUCUUGUAAUUAUAUUCUCUUUUUUUUCUCUCUGUCUCUUUCUUUUUUUAGGAAAAAAUUAUAACAAAAACGUAAAAAAAAUUUUUU